AUGAGUCAGGUCGCAAUCCGAGGAGCCAUAGUAUUGACUGGUGGCAUUACCUUUGGAAGUCUCUUGAAGGGUUGGCUGGCGAUAGAGGGUGUGAAGGUUCUGGGCCAAUCUGCACAUCAGCUGAUCCAUAUAGCAGAUCAAUUGGGCGAUCAAUUUGAGCGGCUGCAUCUGUUUGCUUUCUAUCUGGGAGGUUUUUACAUAGCCUUUGAGCUCCGUAAGGAACUGAUUUGGUUGUUGCAAUUUCUUCUCUGGGUAGUGCAUUGCUUUUCAGUGUGGUUGCAUCGUUGUGGGCUGUUUGAUCUACAGUGUGCUGGUCAACAGCGUGCCACUUCCAGCCAUUGUGAAUCAGAGCACUGUGACUUAACCUGUCAGCUAAUGGCAGUGGCUGAAGGUUUCUUGUUGCUCGAGCGCAGUGGGGAGUGGGACGAAGUGUGGUCAACUGGUGUGGUUCAGGGAUCAUCAGAGUUGUUGGUUCGUACCACCAGUGGUGACGGUGACGAAUGGAUAUGGAGCCUGGUUCAAUGCAUCCCAGCUUCCAUCAGAAUUCCAGUGGGAAUGGGAGCAGGCAGGACUCCACCAGCCGGCAUAGCAGCAGCUACUGUCAAUUGGAUUUGUCCACCGGAGAAUGUCAACGUGAAGUGGGCACCAACUCAGGAUCAGAUCAAUGCCUUGAGACAGGAGGGACAACUGUUAGGUGUGCAGCUGGCACGUCAGGGGAUUCAGUCAUUUCCAAUCACUGUACCAGGGACGGGCAUGGACUUGGUGAAGCUGGAUCUCGGGGCAGUCGCUCCCGGAGGUGCUUUGGUGCAGCAACCAGCCGUGGCUGCAGGGGCUCUAGGCCCGGCAGGGGUAGCCGAUGGAGGGCAAGUGCGUCCAGAUCCGUUCAACAUGCAGUCACUGUCAGAGGCCAUUCAGGAGCUGAAGGAGAUGUCUCGUUCCACCAGGAGCAGCAGAUCCAGUUCGAGCAACAGCUCGGGCCUUCUGAGAUGGAGGGACAAGGCAAAGUCCCGGAAGCUGGACUACGACGAGGUGCAUGCCGUGGAUGCCCAGAAGUUCAAAAGGAAAGGAGAACUUCUGGCCUAUGCGACGAAACAUCCAGGAGCUCUGAGUGCCCACUUUUUGGCGUCAAUUUAUGCCAGAUUGUCAAAGGGACGGAUGACAAAAAGUUCCCAACUCAGGGAGGCGAAUGUUGUUCAGUGGGCCAGCCAGCAUUCAGGCUUGACCGAGAUCCGAGAUGUUCGAGAAGUUCUGACUCUGGCAGAAGCGAUGGACUGCAUCAACAGACGGGAGAUCUCAAGGGCAAUGGACGUAUUGGCACAGCGCAUUCUUGCCAUCCAGCAGGCCAAACGAAAGGGAGGCAGUUGGGAAAAAGCAGAGUGCAUAGACCAGCUCGAGCAUGCUGGCUCUCACCAACUAGCAGGUCGUUUCAGGAAGGCUGUGGCUCGCUGGCAGGGUCGCAAUGGUGCUCCUGUCAGCGGGACACAGUUCCUUUGCAUGGUUUUCACUUCAGUUGAACAGAUCUUUGCUCAUUCUGGUUCUGUUCAUAGUUUUGGACAGUAUCUCUGGAAUUUGGGUGCGAGUCCAUCCAAGCUGAAGAGAAACUUAGAAUUCGGUGUUGGUUUUCGUAAAGAUCAUGAUCGUGGAUACAGCUUGCAGCAUGUUUUCCCCUUGCCUCCUAUGAUAAACAAGGGCAAAGUGGAGAAGUAUGUCAUGGGCGAUUUGUCAGCUGGUGAUCAUCUGCUGGUUGCUCGUGGCUGCAACAUUGUACAGGCGUUGCUCAACAUGCUGUAUGGGGGUCGUGGAGGCCGAAGUACCUUUGUGACGGCUGCCCAGCAUCGUGUCCAGACCCGGUUGAGGUCCGGUUGGGAAUCCAUGAUGGUGGAUUUCAAGCCCCAGGAUCUAGGAGAGAUUCAGGAGUUUUUGAAGCACAGUCAGCAUUAUGCUGGAGGUGGUGUAGCGAUCCCACUGGGCGAGAGGGGCGGAGUGCCAGCCUCAGCAGCCACAGUUGAUUUGCAAUCAUUGUUCCAACAUGAUCAUCCACAGUUUGCACAACAAGUCAUGGAACCGUCAGCUCUUUUGUUGCCGUCCAGACUGCGUCCGAGAAGGGUCAAGCGUGGUCAUACCUGGUUGCAUAAGAGCUAUCCUAUGUUGGUUCGCAAGAACGUGAAGACGGGCUUGCAUGUGCUGAAACGUGAGUCCCAGGUGGCCAAACAUCGUGGGGUGCUUUGCCUCACCGGUGCCUUCGCAGUUCCCAAGGACAUUGACGAGGACAGGGUUAUCACUGACCCUUCUGUUAAUCAGUUGAUCGAUCCUUUGAAGUUGCCUAGGCCGCGAUUUGCGUAUAUCCCUAAGCUAAGGGUGGUCAUGGUUCCAAAAUCUGGCAAGAUUCUUGUUAGUAAAAGGGAUGCCAGGCAUUAUUUCCAUUCUCUGCAAGUCGGUAAGAAGUGGCAAAAAUGGUUGUGUGGGCCCCCAAUAGUGCUAGACAAUGGCCAGCGGCGUUAUCCUGCAAGCAGAACGGCUCCGAUGGGAUUCGGGCCUAGUGCUGGAUGGGCUCAGCAAGUCACUGAUAUGGCCACGGAUGAUAGUCACAUGCCUGCUGAGAGACGUCUCCAUCCAGAUAGAUUUGCACCGUCAGAGCUUCCAAUUUGGGGGUCCAUCUGUGAUGACAUCUGGGCAUUGGAGCAUGCAGGACGGAACGAUCAACCACUUGUUGGGCCUCGUUGGCUCAGCGAUGCAGAGGAGGCAUGGAAGGGUUAUGGUGUUCAUCCUAACAGCAAAAAGAGUGUCAAUGCUGAACCAGGACAUGAAGUACAGGGUGUUCAUGUUGAUCCUGAUGAGCAUUGGGUGGGCGUGAGCAUGGCAAAACGUCAAUCACUUUUUCAAGCCACAUUUCACAUACUGGCACAACAUAAGGUUUUGUUGGGUGAUGUUGAGAGACUGGUUGGAAAGUUUGGGUACAGUCAUGCUUGUCGUCCUGUGAUGCGUUCGGUAUUUGAUUUCACAUAUGGUUGGUUGGAAAAACAGCGACAGAGCAAAACCCGCAGAAUUCAGAUCCCUGACGACGUAUGGACAGAGAUUUUUAUGGCGGCGAUGCUAUUGCCUUAUUGUCAGUUCAAUCUUUCAGCUCCAUUUAGUUCAAGGGUCGAGUGCACUGAUGCCAGCAUGACAGGUUUGGGAAGAGCUUGGGCAACUAUGCCUCCUGACCUUGUGCAACUCAUGGCGCAACUCAGUGAUCACAAUGGGGUCUAUACCAACUUAUCGUUACCAUAUGGGAUUGGGUUGACAGAAGAACACACUUGUCCACUACGGCGUUUGCAAUUGCCGCGUGAUAGAUUCCAUUGGCACAAGAUUGGUGCUCCAUCCCGGCCAAGGUACAUUUUCCUUGGUGAGGCAGAUGCAGCUCUGUGGUGUGCAGAGGACCGGCUGCGUAGGCCGGUGGAUGAUGGCUGCAGAUUUGUGCAUCCUAUGGACAGUGCAUCAUGCGUGGGAGCUUUUUGCAAGGGCCGCUCAGCAAGUCAUCUAUUAAAUGUCAGAUGCCAGCGUAUGUGUGCAAUAUGUACUGCUGGAGGUCAUGAGGUCUUUUACCCAUGGGUACCGUCAGGCGACAACCCUGCGGAUGAGCCAUCGCGCCGAUUUGAAGGUGAGGCGCAUCAAAUUGAGGGAUCCUCCUCCAACAUUACAUCCAUGUUGCACUCAAGUCAGCAGUUGGCAUCAGAUGAUUUGCCAGCAAUCGAAACAGUGAUGCUGGAUCCAUUUGCUUUGAAGGGUUGGGCUGGUGGUGAGAAGGUCUUUGUGCAUCUGUGCUCAGGUGCUUCACGGGACGAUGAUCUGGUGAGCUGGGUUGAGAGGCUGGCUAGCGACCAAGGCUUUCACUUAGUUGGCUUGAGAGUUGAUCCAUUGUGUGCAUGGGCGGAGAAUGUUGUGCAAGAUGAAUUUCACUGUCAUGAUUUACUCAACAUGGAGCAUGGGCAUGCGUUGCUAAGAUUAUUUCAUAGCAGAAGGGUUGUGGGUGUAUUUGCUUCUCCUCCUCGUUCCACUUUUUCAGCGGCGAGACAUCGUCGAUUGAAGCCGGGCACUUGGGGUCCUAGACCUUUGAGAUCUAGGGCGGAUGUCUGGCGUCCCCUCAAAAACUUGCGGCCGAAGGAGGUCUUGGCAGUGGCUAUCGGAUCAGUACUGGCUCUGCUGUGUAUCGGGCUUCUGGGGGAGGGCAGAAUGUUUGGAGCUUGGGUAGGAUUUGAGCAUCCACAUGACCGCGGCAGAGAUCCAUUCCCAUCAGUGUUUCGCAGUGUUGAGAUGAAAAUUUUGAAGCAGAUUUUUGGGCUCAGCUAUUUUCGAGUGGACCAGUGCAUGUUUGAGGCAUUCACAAAGAAACCUACUGGUUUAGUGUUACCAAAAGCUUGUUCUUCAGUUGUUCGAUGUUGCAAUCAUCCGUUCAAACAUGAGCAGUUGUCGGGUUUCAAUCCGAUCACUUCAGAGUUUGGAACCACUGCAGCAGCGAAAUGUCCAUCUGGCAAUUUGUGGAGCGCCUUAGGCAUGCACACAUACAUGGUUACCAGUGUCCCUAUGCUCCGCGUCUCAACGCUUUGGAUCAGCACAUGGGUGUUGAUCCUUGGGCUGGCGCAGUCAGUACAGCUUGGAAAUGGCCAUCCCCGAGUCGAACGUUUUUUGCUGAGUGCCUUGAAAGAUGUCACCAAGGCAAAGUAUCAGCAAGCGAUCGACCUCCUCAAUCGUGAGUUGCAAUCAACUGGUGUCGAUUGGAGUGGGAUGAGUGAAGAGCAACAAGAUUAUUUUUUAGCUGAGUGGCUGAUUGAUGGGUAUGAACAAGGAUUUGGUCGAUCCGACUAUGGGUCAUUACUGUCAGCUUUGGGUCGCAUGUAUCCACGCUGUAAAUACAAGAUUGCCUGGAAGGUUUUUGAUGUUUGGGGGUCAUUGCAGCCGCCGCAACAAGCCGCUGCAGCUCCCCCGGAACUUGUGACAGCAAUGAUGGUAGCCUCUUUUGCACUUAACAGAUAUCCUCUUGCUAUAAUUAUUUGCAUAUGUUAUGCUGGACUUUUACGAGUCGGUGAAGCUUUGCAACUGAAGUGGAAGGAUGUGUUUGUGGGUGCAGGGGGUCUCACAUUGUGUCUGGGCAAUACAAAGCGUGGCAUGGAACAGAAGGUGGUUAUCACAAACACGUUGGUGAUACAAUGGUUCAUGCGUUUCCAGCAAAUUACAGGGUGGGAUGACAAAGAGCAUUUAGUGUUCAACAUGUCCUAUGCUUCUGUUUUACGCUGGGUUAAGAAGCUGGCAUCCAUGUUGCAGGCAGAGGGCAUUUCACUUACCACACAUUCAUUUCGCAGAAGUGGGGCGUCAGAGCUCAGUCGCCGUGGCGUCCCAAUUGCCGACAUUAUGCUGUUUGGCCGUUGGCUGUCAGAUAGGUCAGCACGUGAAUAUAUUCGCAAAGGAGAGGUUGCGAUUUUGCGUUCCAAUCAGCUCUUGGGGCCUGCAGUGCGUGAUGUGUGGUUGCGAUGGUGCAAGUUGGUACCACAUGUAUGGCUGUUGCAGAAAUCAUUGUCACCUAUGGACGAUCCAGUUAAUCUUACUCGUGUGACGACUGACUCAUGUGGCCGCUUGCAGAGUUUUCUGUUUGCGGCUUUUGAUGUGAAGCUCUAG